AUGGCUCAGUCCACCGAGCCGCGGAGGCGGUUCGCUCCCGUCCCAAUCGAGACUACCUUCGAAUCCAACCGAAAGGCCCCUCAACACCAACAGGGACAGCAACACCAACAAUCACAGCAACACCAUCACCAGCCAGGCCCAGCACCUGAGCCCACUCCCGAACACACUCCCCGAACCCCCUCACCCAAUCCCUUCGAGCAACAGCUACACCAGCCACCGUCGCAGUCGUCGCAUCAGCUCUCUUAUACGCUACAAGAUGGCCAGGACAGGACGAGACGUCGAUUUGCUCCUCAGCUCAUCGAGACGUCGAGACGAGCCCGAAGAGUAGGAGAUACCGGCCCCGCCACGCGACCGACGGACAAGACCGACAUCACCCCUUACACGAAUCAUAUCUACCUCCAGCGAACCAAGUCACGGAAGAAGAUUGCUGAUGACAGUGACUCUCCUGCCCCUCAACCAAUCCAGCGCCAGCCCAAGGGCGCAAGACGAGAGUCGGAAGACGAGAAUGCUGGCACCUACAUGCUGGAGUGGGCUGCUAUGGAAGCCGAGAGACAGAUGCAGGAGGCGGCUCUAGCAGCCUUCCCCAACAGCCGUCCACGUGAGGGUGGCGCUGCUCAUUUCUAUUUCAGAGAGAGUUCCGGAGACGACAGUACUCCCGAGAGUGCCUCCCCGGAAGAAUCGGGCGCUCAACCUAAGCCUCGCGGUCGCCAUGCCCAUGUGACCCGUCGUAAGUCGUCGGACUUGGGCUACUGGCAUAAACAUAUGCAGGAGCAUGCAGAGAAACUGGCUGUCGCAAGGGGUGAGCAUGUCCCCGUCUUCGACGACGAGGAUGAAGAUGAGCACGACGACUCAGCGCUCGACAAAAUGGAGCUCGAUGGACCCCCUGAUCCCAUGUGGUUGACCAAUACCAGGCAUCAUACUACUGAUAGUAGCCCAAGAGGGCCCAUUGGCGAGACCUACAUGCCGUUGAUUGCCCCUGAUCCUGUUGUCGUCAAUAAUGCACCGCGGCCAGAGCUUCCUGCUCCCGAGCCGGUGAGUAAGCCUAUUGGCGAGGCUACGAUGCCUUAUAUUCCAUCCACACCGGCCUGCAAUCCUGCCGAGGUGCCUAUCGCCAAACCCGCCCAAGUCGUUCCAGAGACCGGCUUCCGCAACGCCGGCGGUGGUGGAUUCGGCAGACCCUUUGGAAACUUUGGGCUGCCCCCCGAAACCAGCGAAUUCCGCAGGAUGCGCAAGGCCGCCUCGCCGCCAAUGUUGGGCAAGGAUUUGGUUUUCCGAAAGUGCCCCUCCCCGAAGCAUACAAAGCUUGAGCCGGACCACCCGUUCUCAGAGAUCCCAACUCUCGAGGAGACGAACCGGGAUGCUACGGGAGAAGCCGGAUUAUGGAGGGGCUACUGUUUCCGAAAGAGCGAGAGCGAUCAGGCCAUAGUGCCUGCAUCUCUCCAGGGACCCAGAAUGCUGCAUACACCGCUGCCGCCCUCCACUCCUGGAGACCCAUUUGCUGCAGCAUUCGGAAAGAUGACAGAUGAACCUGGCUCCCACUAUGCCUCCACCGCAUUGACACCCAGCACCGCCGAACACCGCGGUCGCUCUGGGGAGGCCAAAGGUCUCCACAUGCUUCACGGCCUCGAAGACCGUCUCAAGCGAGAGAAGGCUCUCGAGGAGAAGAUUGCGGCCGAGUUCGAUGACACCUUUAUCACGCAGGUCUACAACUACCUGUCCCUGGGAUACCCCGCGAUGGCCCGAUCCUUUGAUGAGGAGCUUGCUAAAAUCUCCCACAUGAGCAUUGAAGAAUUGGAGGUUGAUGACGCCAAGCAGAUGGCGUCUGGCCAUUUGAUGGAGCCGGCAGAGGCCGAAAUGGCGGAGGAGAAGAGGUGCCCCAGAUGGAAGGCCCUCAAGGCGUACAUUUAUGAGUGGGCACGACAACACCCAGACCUGGACAGCCUCGACCCCCUUGCAUGGGGCGUGCGAGAGAGGCGAGGCAGCUGGGCUAUUUAG